GGCUAUGUGAUUGUACAUUGAGAAGGUCAUCUUUAGAAAUGCGACAGUCAUUUGCCAGCUCCAUUCCUUGGAAGGCCAAAUAUUUAAGUAAUACAUUGUAAUCUGUUAGAGGAUUCUGCCUCGUGUGAACUAAAGCACUUGGACAUUUCACUCUUUGAUUGACUGCUGGCUCUUGCUUGUUAUUCUGUGUUUAAUGAUUGUGGCUUUUAAUUGCUGGCAGUUGUUGUAUUUGCCAUCAGCAUACAUGCAUAUGCUUUUGAGAAGAGCGAAAUGGAGGGGGUAUCUAUGGUAGCACUCUCUGGAUGUAUAUGGUUGCAAUGGUUCGUGGUGGCAUUGGAAGCAAACUCGUUCACUAGAUGGCAACAUCUCGCCAUAUGGGGAAAUUUGCUUGCAUUCUACAUCAACUUGAUGUUAAGUGCCAUCCCUUCAUCAGGGAUGUACACGAUAAUGUUCCAGUUGUGCCGACAACCAUCUUACUGGCUAAUUAUGUUGGUCAUAGUCAGAACAGGAAUGGGUCCUAUUCUAGCUCUGAAGUAUUUCAGAUAUACAUACAGACCUAGUCAAAUCAAUAAACUCCAGCAAGCGGGAGGCAUGGGGGACCGAUUUUGUCCCUGGGAAACAUUGAACCGCAAGCGAGGUCGACGGAGAGAGCCGUUUCUCCAUUGUCAAUCACGCAACCCUAGAACAGAAAUCCCGUUUACAAGCCUUGACUUUCGGAUUCUCCUGAUUCCACCAGGAAUUCUUUAG